UUCAAACUGUACACUUGACCUCGUGAAAUUUUACGUUUAACAUUUUGUGAUUUUAGCUAUUGUAUGCUACUUCACCACGGUUGGCUUAUAAUUCGGCAUUCACUUUUUUGAAAGCCUGUUGGUUGAGUCCUUUUUAAGAUUAAGUAUUUUAAAUAUCACGCAAACCAUGUAAGCUGAUUUGUAUUAGAUGUUUUAAUUUUCCUAAAGUGUUUAGUAAUUUGUAUGAAAGCUGUACCGAUCUUUUGAAUUGGAUUUCUUUUGUAUUUUCUCGACAAUGUCGCCAUUGCGGCAGACAACGUGACACAAAUCGAACCGCCCUGUCCGUUGGACGAUUUUACAGGACUUUCCUGCUGUUGCUAGCGAAUGGAUGAACAACAUGGACGACUUGCGGGAUGUUCAAACUUCUAAGCGAAACGGGAGCUCCAGGUCGUUAUUAUCGGCCGGCUCCGCGGUGGCAAUGGAGAUUAAACGGAAGAAAAUACGACAGAGUGCCUUAUUUCUGCAAACGGAGACCAAAAGCAUGAAACGAUGCCCAAAUCUUCUGAAUGACACUCUGCAGAUAGUAGAAGACAUGAAUUUGUUGUACAUACGACAGAUUUCUAAGAAGCUACAGAACACUAACAUACAAGAAAAGCUUGAUUUUGAGAUGCGAAUGCGGGAGGGUGCCUACAAGCUGCUGCUCGCCUGCAGUAAGAGAGAACAGGUCCUUAACGCCUCCAAGAACCUGCUGACCUGCAACGCCAGGAUCAAGGCUUAUCUCACACAGCUGCAGAAGAUGAAAUGGGAACAGGACAUGAUGGGAGCAGUCAGGAGACUUUCAGAUCCGGUGUCAGAUGACCGUGUUCCCUGUAAUGGGACAAUUGCAAUGUCUGAUCUGCGUAUUCCUUUGAUAUGGAGGGAUUCAGACCACUUCAACAACAGAGGGAGCUCUCGUCGAGUGGCGGUGUUCUGUCUGAUGCAGAUGGGCUCAGAGGUGUUUGACACACAGAUGGUGGUGGUGGACAGAUCAGUCACUGACAUCUGCUUUGAGGGAGUCACUAUCUUUAAAGAAGCAGAUCCUCAGUUUGAGCUGAAGGUGGAGUUGUGGAGCUGUGCCCUGGAAGAAGAGCUCACAUUGGUAAACACACCAAAGAAGCUCGCCAAGAAGCUCCGCAACUCUUUUGGAAAGACAGCUGGGAAGAAGCUCUGCCCUCUGCUGGACAAUCCAGACCCUGACACCUUCCUGCAGUAUAAUCCCAUACCGCUUGGAGCCAAGUACAGCCUGUUGGCCUACACUACACUGUGUCUACCUGAGGCUGAAGGCAGCUUUCAGUCUCACUCCCUCAUUGUCCUCCAAUGCGCUGAGUUGUCAUCUUGGCUUCCACUUUAUGGCAACCUCUGCUGCCGGUUGGUGGCCCAGCCUGUCUGCAUGAUACAGAGCAUGAUGACCGGCCACCUGAGUCAGAAGCAAAGUGUGGAGGGAAUGUACCGUUGCUGCAGUCUUUACUGUGUGCUUAGUGCUGGCUUUUUGUCCUGUUACUUCACCCCGGAAGAAAUCGAUGCUAAAGUGCAGCCCACUCUCAACAUACCCAUCAACAAGGACACACGGAUCUGUGUGAUGGAGAAGGAGUCACUAGGCCAGAAGUCCAGGAGUCUGUCCAUCAUCAGUCCUUCGCCAGAGGGAUCUCAGACCAUCGUCUUCACCACAGAAACCAGGGAGGAGCUGGAGGACUGGCUCGACGCCCUCCACCAGCACCUCUAUGAUCAGAGCCAGUGGCUGCACUGCUGCAACCAGCUAAUGAAGAUCGAGGUUGCGUCACCACGAAAACCAUCACUCUUCCUCACCAAGCAGGCUGACUCUGUUUACAAUGACCUCAGUAUAAAUUCACCUGGCAAGUUUGAGAGCAUCACAGACAUUAUCCACGACAAAAUAGAGGAAACAGAUGGCCGCUUUCUUAUUGGUCAUGAAGAGGGGAAGGAAGCGGCUAAUUGGUCCACUCUAUUUGAUGGGUCCCAUUCAAUCAUUGUGCAGAAAAGUAUUCUCUCCCAAAGCAAAACCUCCACCCCUUGUUCAAGCCCAGUCCCCAACCUCAACACCAGUUCUACAUCCACUGGCAACAAGAAGCGCCGAGCCCCACCCCCUCCCUCUGACAGAGAGCCUUAUGCUCCUUCCUCCCGUCCUGCCAGACCUCCCCUCCCUGCUUCUCUUCAUCACCCUCCUCCUCCCCGAUACCAGGAGAAGGAGAAUUCCGGCACUUCACGCCCGGCCACAAGGCCCAAAACUGGCAGACCAUCUCUGGAUGCCAAAUUCUCUGCCAUCAUCCAGCAGCUCCAGCGGAACAAUGCUGGAGGAGCCCACAGCCGAAAAAACGCUCCACUGGGCGUCCUCGAUGUACAACCACAAAGUCAGCCUCAGCCCCCUCUCCAGCAGCACGAGCGCCAGGGCCCCCACACCCAGAACAAUAAUGCCGCAGGUGAUCAUGGCUUCCUCAGAUCAGGUCACGAUUCUGGUCCUGUUCCUGCACCGAGGAGCAAACUAAGGAAGUCUUUCAGAGAGAGGAUGAACCUUUAAAGCCUUGUGAACUUGACCUUCGACCAUAUCUAUAUUUAACCAACUAACUCUACCUUACUAAUACAAAUAAAUAUCCCAACUAAGCUAACGUUGAUAAAA